AUGGCCGAAUACAAACCACCAACUCUCCCUUCGCCCUUCACAAACACAACACCACCUCCGACCCUCCUCACACAAGGUGCCGAAGCCCAUGUCUACAAAACCGCCUCUCUCGACCCCGCCAUCCCCGCCGCACUGAAGAUCCGCCCCUCCAAACCGUACCGACACCCGAUCCUCGACCGACGACUGACGCGCCAACGCAUCAUCCAAGAAGCUCGAUGUCUCUUCAAGCUCAUUAAAGAAGGCGUCAGCGUGCCGGGUGUACUAGCACUGGACUGGGAGGGACACGGCGGCGCCGAGAGCGGAUGGGGCGGAGCUUGGCUGUUAAUGGAAUGGGUGGAGGGGGCGGUUGUGCGCGUGGUGCUGGAGCGAUGGGAGGCAUGGAUGAAGCAGAAUGAGGCAUCCUUAAACCCGGUGCAGCGUGAGCGCGAGGAGGCGAGUGCGCGGGCGCUCCUGAAGCGGAUGGGAGCGACAAUCGGUGCGCUGCACAAGGCCGGCGUUAUCCACGGUGACUUGACUACCAGCAACCUCAUGCUGCGGGGUUCGCCGCAGGAUAAUACCGCGACAACCACUACUGAGAACGGCGCAUCCAUGAAGGGCGACAUUGUCCUUAUUGAUUUCGGGCUCGCGUCGCAGAGCGUCCAGGACGAAGACCGCGCGGUGGAUUUGUAUGUGUUGGAGCGCGCCAUUGGCAGCACGCAUCCGCGCUCGGAACCAUUCUUCGAUGCGCUGGUCCAGGGAUACCGCGAGAGUCAUCGGGGCGCUCCGUCUACGCUGAAGAGACUCGAGGACGUGCGGAUGCGAGGUCGCAAGCGGAGCAUGAUUGGCUAA